GUAAACAUCUGAAAACAAACGCACACGAAACGAAACAAACCAUAAUCAUCGUAAUAACAAUGUCAUCCACAACCGGUUCCUACAGAUCCAGCAAAAUCCACGAGCGAGCCCCCUCUCGCACCGCUCUCACAAUCCCGACCAUCGCUCCCCCAGUUGGAAAUUUUUCUCACAGCAAUACGAUUCCAUCCAACAGAUCAACGGUUUAUCUUAGUGGUAUUAUGGGAGACUUACCUGGCGAUGGACGUAUAAUUUCCGGGGGAGCAACGGCGCAAACCACGCAGAUUAUGAGGAAUCUGAAGGCUAUUUUGGAAGCCAGCGGAAGCGGAUUGGAUAAGGUGGUACAGAGACGUGUAUUUUUGGUGGAUAUGGGAGAUUUAAAAAUAGUAGAUAGAAUCUGGGGUGAAUGGGUCAAGGAGCCAUUCCCAGUGAGCACUUGUGUGCAGAUUGUGAGGUUGGCGAAGGAAGCCGCAAGACUAGAGAUUGAAGUUGUCGCAGAAACAAAUUGAAAUGAAAGACUAGAUCUCAAAGAUUUUGUCGUCAAAAGACAUGCUCAGAUUGGUGAUUUAGAAUGCUUGACCGACAUUUGCUUCCUCCAAUCCAUAUUACUUGUCACCAAGUUUUUAACGAAAGCUACUACUAAGCUUCCUUCUGUUGGUAAAAACAUCAAAGAUCAUAUUGUAUCUGCACCCCGCACUAGUUGUGCCAAAAUUUCUGAUAUCAGAUCCUCAGCGGCGGUGUAAUCUUGGAAAAUAAAGAAUUGUAUGCACUUAGGCCUCAAGCUGAAAUCAUGGCAAUGAAGACCAACAGCUUUUUCGGCUCCAAAUUUUCAAAAAUCCGACCCGUCAACAGAUAAUGAGAAGUUCUUAGUUCCUGAGUCCA